UUUGAGCAGCAGGUGAGGCUGUCUCUUUCUUUCUGGCACAGGUAGGAAAUGCAAAUGAGAUCAGUUAGAGCUGAUUCACACUCUGUCUCGCACGCCUUUAAUCUUUAAAGCCAUUUGCAUCCAAGAACCGAAACAAAGACAGAUCCUCAUGACUUGAGCUGUGAGACUCGACCCCAAAUCAUGACAAUGAGUUUCUUUGGAAAACUGAAGAACCUGCACAGUGGACCCCCAGCCCCUCCCAGGAGGACGGAUGACAAUGCAGGGUUUGGGUGGCCGGAUGAUGAAUUUGAUGAUGACGGGGACACCUAUGAACCACCUCCCUGUGAACGACUGGCUAUGAAAGUGCCACAGAGACCAGUGGAGGAGAACGUUUAUCUGGAGAGGACAGCCAAUUCUGGUGUACCACAGAGGCCGGUUGCUCCUCCACCCAGACCAAGCAAACCCUCGAAACUUCAGCAACGUGAGGAUGCCAUCACCAAACCACCUGCGGUAGAUAGAAAUGAUAAGCCAGGAAGGAAGAUGAUGCCUCCUCCUCCUGUAGCCCGGUCUCCACCAGUUCCUGCAUCCUUUGAAGAAGAUGUAUAUCUGGAUCCAAAUGAAGAACAGGAGGACGAUGAUGACCUUUAUUUAGAACCAACAGCAGCUUGCUCUCCUACCCCACGCGGGCCAAUGAAGAUACCUCUGCCUACCAAGACACCUGCACCUGCUCCCAUACCCAUGAUGAAGCCUCUAGUUCCCAGAUCUAAGUCUAAUUUCGUUUUGCCUCCCCUGACUGAUUUAAAAAGAGGUCAUUCGGUGGAAGAGAGACAUCACACUUUUCCUCCAAAACCCCCUCCACCAACUCCCAGCACUAAGCCAUCUCUCACAGUAAACCUGAAAGAAACUAAAGCCAGUCCUCCAAAUCCUCCAAUGGCAGACACUAAGCCUGUGGCCUACUAUGGUGGUAUGAGGACAACCAAACUGACUGGCAUGGAGGGUAAAGAAUGGUUUGCUGGCGACUGCAGCAGAAAGACAGCAGAGGAUCUGUUACAGAGAAUCAACAAGGACGGUGCCUUUCUCAUCCGACACAGCUCUGCUCAGAGCACUCGGCAGCCCUACACCCUCGCUGUGCUAUACCAGCAAAAGGUGUACAAUAUUCCCAUCCGCUUCCUGGUGGAAAUACAAGGCUAUGCCCUUGGAAAGGAGGGCAAAAAGAAUGAAGAGAUUUUCAGCAGCCUGGAUGAAAUGAUUUCUCACCACAAGUAUAACCAACUGCUGCUGAUUGACAGCAAGAGCCAGGCCAAACACACGGCCCAUUUAACCCACCCUGUACGCCCUUAAAACUACACUGCAGCUACCUGUUCACAUGAGUCAUGAGGAUAAUGACACAGUUUGAAAGCUGCUCUCUUGGAAAUACUACAGGGUCACUGUGUGUCAUUCCCAAAAGUGCACUUUCACUUUUAUGGAAUCUAUAACACAACAAAAGUACUGUUUUAUUAUUUUUUUUAAACAAGUGAAAACAGGGUAAACUUCCAGUGCAUAGAGGUGUUGAAACUCAUCAGUGACAAACAGCAGCCUCCAGAUAGCAUAAAGUUCAGAGAUCAUCAAGUGCUGUGCCUUGAAACAACAUCUUUUGUUUGAACCAUGUCAUCAUUGUAAUGAAUGGUUAACUGUUAACGGUACACUUUUGAAAAAGGAAACUGUGUCACUCAGUUUCCGAACCAGUCAUGCAGUCAGGAUGUUUCUGGUAAUGGACAAAGAAAUUUGCUUCCGUCACUGCUGUUGUGAAGCAUCAAAACAUCUCAAGAGCUUCCCUCGCUGCACCUAAAAUAUAUAUAUAUAUUUUUUUCUUUUCUGCUCAUUCAUAUUAUAAUGCUCAUGUAUGAUGCACCACUGAGAUAAAUAUCUGUUUGCAUUACUUGUUUUAUUUUUUAAUUGUGUAUCUUUCCCCUGGGUUAGUUUAAUUACUUUGGCCUAUUAUACUGAAUAUAGUGUGCUUGGUCUUUUCAGUGUAAUGUUGUAGAUAUUGUGCAAUACAGACCUAAACACAUCUGCCUUACAAGAUUUUUAUUAUUUUGAUAGU